CCUUGUGUUUGCGGAAGGGGCUGCUUGAGGUCUGUUCCCACUGGGUGGAGACACAAGCGGCGGUUCCCUAGAAGCUGCUCCAAGUUAACAUCUGCUGAAGGUUGGGGCGGGCGAAGGAGGGCAGCAUGAGUGCCAAAGAACCGCUGCUGGGAACGCUAAAAGGUGAGGGGACGAAGCGGGGAGGCGCGGAGAGAGGGGCGGUUUUGGAGGGGGCGGGGUGCCAGGUUUUGGCUGAAUGGAAAAAAGUGCGAGAACCGGACACGCAUCUUUCAGUCAGGGUAUAUACAGGUGUGUAGUUACUGCCACAUGAUUCUCCAUAGGGAUGGGGAGUCAGGUAGAGUUAUAUUCUUAUUUUGUCCCUGGUUGCCAUGGGGAACAAAUGUGUUAAAAAAAGUGUCAGAGCGAAGAGAUCAGUACUCAGGCGUAACAACUCCCCAUCCUAAACGUGUUUAUUGAUUGAGAAGCUCAAGUGAUUACAAUGGACCUUAACCUAACUUAACCUAACAAUAAUAACCUAACUUUAUUAUUGUGCUCCCCCUAACUUUAUGGGGCAUCGGAGAAAUGGGAAAUAGAAGCUCGAGAGCUAUGAGGUAACUGUCCUGGGAGCAAAUGCUUACAAAGGGUUUUAUUUAUUUACUUACUUCUUUAUUUCAUUAAAAAAAGAAAUUAUACUCCACUUGAUUGUUAAGGGAAAAACCUCCCUCAAAGAGUGAUAUCACCUAGUGAUAUAUAUGCUGCUUAGAUGCUAUUGUGACAGAUGUCAAGUUAGGUUCCAGAAGGCAGGUUGGGGUAAUCCCCUUUUUUGUGUUGGAGAAGAAUUGUAGUUCAGUACAGUAUCUGUUUUGCAUACAGGAUAGUCUCAGGUUGAAUCCCCAGCAUCUUCAGGGUGUGCAGGAAAAGACCUCUGCUGGAAACCUUGGGGAGCAGCUGCCAGCCAGUGUUGACAAUAUUGGGCUAGAAGGACUAAUGUUAUAAGGCAGCUUCUUAUGUUCCAUUGUUAUAUUAGGAGGGUCCUCAGCAUGCAACUAAGAAAUUUCUCCCCACUCGCCGCCUUUGAAUCCUUUCUACUCUGCCAUGCCCACUUUUGAUUCCAGAAAAAGAGGCAAAAACGUAACUAAGGGACACCUGCCUUCCUUCCUUAUUGCCAUGUUUGUUCUAGAAUCUAGAUAAUGAAAUUAUACUAUUAUGGGAACAACUCACCGGGGGGGGGGAGUGUGCAGUCACUGGAGCUCCACAUAACACCUUUUCUGCAGUGGGAAAAUACUAAAAAGGAACUAUAACAGAACACAAUCCUAUGCAUGUUUACUCAAAAGUAAUUCCCACAGUGUUCAGCGGGGCUUGAUCCAGGUAAGCAUGCAUAUGAUUGCAGCUUACAUUGAUACAAAAAUAAAGUAGAUUAUUUUUCUCUGUGGAUGUAGCAUUUUACAUCGAAAUACAGGACCUGUAUUAUACAGGACAGGUGGCAACCCUAAUUCCUAAUGUUGUCGCCUCUUGCUUUAUUUUUAUUUUUUUUACUGCAUUAUAUACAGCUAGGUGCACGUCCACCUCUCCACUCAAUAUUAGUUUAGCAUAAACUGAUAUCUCCAAAAUAAACUUUAGAGGAAUGGCCAGUGUCAUGUAAUGGUUAGAGCAUUAGACUGGCAUUCUGGAGUCCAGGGUUCAAAUCCUUUGUCACGCGUGCAGUUCACGCAAUGACCUUGGGCUAUUCUCUGUGCAGGGUAGUUGUGAUAAAAUGGAGGGGGUGCUAAAUCACAUAUACCACCCAAAGCUCUUUAGAGGUAGGGUGGAAUAUAAGUAGAAGGAGGGAGGAAAUUGGCCUAAACAUCGUAUUAUGGGCUGGGUGGUGGUGGUGGUGAAGUAUUGGAUCCACUGCACUGAUAAUCCAACAAGUAAAAGAGAAGCUUUGUUGAAAGGGAACAUCUUUCUCAGAUUUGCCUCAAGUGGAAUGAAUGGGUGGAGUACAGCAGCCUAAAGAACAGUCAAUAUUUGCUUAAGCUGGCUCUUGGUUCAGCACUUCCAUCACAUUUAAUUAUUUAUUUGUUUAAAACAGUUCUUUAUAGCCCUUCGGCUCCAACAGCACUAGAAGUGGGUUACAGACAUAAAAUAAAACAUGAUAUGCACUGUGUGCACUGGGAGGUUUUUCUGAAAUGGAUGAGAGCUGCCUUUCAUUUCAGAUGGGAUUGUUCAGGAGAACAUCUUGGGGCUAACUGUGCUGUAGGGACCUCUCCAAUCUGAGUGAAUGGGUGGGAAAAUGGCAAAUGCAAUUCAUUGCAAACAAGUGUAAAGUGAUGCACUCUGGGGCAAAAAAAGGGCUUAAUUUCACAUAUAUGCUCAUGGGGUCUAAAGUGGCAGUAAUGCAUCAAGACAAGAGACUUUGGGGUACUAGUUAAUAGCUCAAUGAAGACAUCAGCCCAGUGUGCAGCAGACUUGAAAAGGGCAAAUUCCAUGCCACAGAUCAGCAGGAAAGGAAUUGAAAAUAAAACUGCUAAUAUAAUACCACAAAUAUGUGGUACAACUGCAUUUGGAAUGCUGUGUACAGUUCUGGUUACCUCAUCUCAAAAAGAAUAUUUUAGAGUUGGAAAAGGUUAAGAAAAGGACUACCAAAACGAUCGGGGCGUGGGGGGAGCGGCUCCCUUGUGAAGAAAAGUUGCAGCAUUUGGGAUUUUUUUUUUAAUUUAGAGAAAGGCAAGUAGGAGACCAUGGAACUUUACAAAAUUAUGCAUGGCACGGAGAAAGUAGAUACAGUGGUACCUCGGGUUAAGAACUUAAUUCGUUCUGGAGGUCCGUUCUUAACCUGAGGUACCACUUUAGCUAAUGGGGCCUCCGGCUGUCGCCGCACAAUUUCUGUUCUCAUCCUGAAGCAAAGUUCUUAACCUGAGGUACUAUUUCUGGGUUAGCGGUGUCUGUAACCUGAAGUGUCUGUAACGUGAGGUACCACUAUACAGGAAAGAUUUUUCUUUCUCAUAAGACUAGAACUCAUGGACAUUCAGGGAAGUCGAAUGCUGGAAGAUUCAGGUCAGAGAGAAGAAAGUCUUGAUGUAGUGCGUGUUAAACUCUGGAAUCUCUUAGUCUUCAAGGUGCCACAAAAACUUUUUCUAUUUCUGCUGCUACAAAUGGAUAAAGAAGGCUACCUCUCUGUAAAUAGGAACAGUACCUCCCAGUUUUCAAAUUAUUUGAAAUAUACCCCCACUCCCCAAAAGUUUUGAGAACUGGCAAAUGGAAGAGAGAGCUUUAGCAAGGUGGUUGCAUAAUGUGCCUCGGACCAUGCCUUGGCACCCAAAGUUGUGUUCUCAGAGAUUCUGUACAUGCCAUGAUCAGGGAAGGAGUAGCCUUGUGGUUUAAGAUUUGCAGAAGUCAGCAACCAGAUGGCCCUGGACUAAUUCCAGCUGUGUGGGGUGCACCAUCUAGCCCCUCCCCUCCAGUUGCCAACCCAGAGACAAAGGAGAGCUGGGAAGUUGGUGACUUCUGUAGCAUCAGGGCAUGAUAGCUUGCUUUGGAGGGUGGGAUUGGGGAACUGCCCUUCUUAAAGAUACCUUCCCAAGCUCUGUACUAUAGUCUUAUCAAUUAGGGCUUUGGUAUCUUAACAGAAGGGACGCGGGUGGUGCUGUGGGUUAAACCACAGAGCCUAGGGCUUGCCGAUCAGAAGGUCGGUGGUUUGAAUCCCUGCGACAGGGUGAGCUCCCAUUGUUCAGUCCCUACUCCUGCCAACCUAGCAGGUCAAAAGCACAUCAAAGUGCAAGUAGAUAAAUAGGUACCGCUCCGACGGGAAGGUAAACGGCGUUACCAUGCACUGCUCUGGUUCGCCAGAAGUGGCUUAGUCCUGCUGGCCACAUGACCUGGAAGCUGUAUGCCAGCUCCCUCGGCCAAUAAUAAUAAUAAUAAUAAUAAUGAUAAUAAUUUAUUAUUUGUACCCCGCCCAUCUGGCUGGGUUUCCCCAGCCACUCUGGGCGGCUUCCAACAAAGAUGAAAAAUACACUAAAAUGUCACAUAUUAAAAACUUCCCUGAACAGGGCUGCCUUCAGAUGUCUUCUAAAUGUCAGGUAGUUGUUUAUCACUUUGACAUCUGAUGGGAGGGCGUUCCACAGGGCGGGCGCCACUACCGAGAAGGCCCUCUGCCUGGUUCCCUGUAACUUGGCCUCUCGCAGUGAGGGAACCGCCAGAAGGCCCUCGGAGCUGGACCUCAGUGUCCGGGCAGAAUGAUGGGGGUGGAGACGCUCCUUCAGGUAUACUGGACCGAGGCCAUUUAGGGCUUUAAAGGUCAGCACCAACACUUUGAAUUGUGCUCGGAAACGUACUGGGAGCCAAUGUAGGUCUUUCAAGACCGGUGUUAUAUGGUCUCGGUGGCCGCUCCCAGUCACCAGUCUAGCUGCCGCAUUCUGGAUUAGUUGUAGUUUCCGGGUCACCUUCAAAGGUAGCCCCACGUAGAGCGCAUUGCAGUAGUCCAAGCGGGAGAUAACCAGAGCAUGCACCACUCUGGCGAGACAGUCUGCAGGCAGAUAGGGUCUCAGCCUACGUACCAGAUGGAGCUGGUAAACAGCUGCCCUGGAUACAGAUUUGACCUGUGCCUCCAUGGACAGCUGUGAGUCCAAAAUGACUCCCAGGCUGCGCACCUGGUCCUUCAGGGGCACAGUUACCCCAUUCAGGACCAGGGAAUCCUCCACACCUGCCCGCCUCCUGUCCCCCAAAAACAGUACUUCUGUCUUGUCAGGAUUCAACCUCAAUCUGUUAGCCGCCAUCCAUCCUCCAACCGCCUCCAGACACUCACACAGGACCUUCACCGCCUUCACUGGUUCUGAUUUAAAAGAGAGGUAGAGCUGGGUAUCAUCCGCAUACUGAUGAACACCCAGCCCAAACCUCCUGAUGAUCUCUCCCAGUGGCUGCAUGUAAAUGUAAAUGUUGAAAAGCAUGGGGGAGAGGACAGAACCCUGAGACACCCCACAAGUGAGAGCCCAGGGGUCUGAACACUCAUCCCCCACCACCACUUUCUGAACAUGGCCCAGGAGGAAGGAGCGGAACCACUGUAUGACAGUGCCCCCAGCUCUCAGCCCCUCAAGACGGUCCAGAAGGAUGUUAUGGUCGAUGGUAUGAAACGCCACUGAGAGAUCCAGCAGAACUAGGAAACAGCUCUCACCUUUGUCCCUAGCCCGCUGGAGAUCAUCAACCAGUGCGACCAAGGCAGUUUCAGUCCCAUGAUGAGGCCUGAAUCCCGACUGGAAGGGAUCCAAAUGGUCCGCUUCUUCCAGGCGUGCCUGGAGUUGUUCAGCAACCACUCGCUCAAUCACCUUGCCCAAGAAUGGAAGAUUUCAGACUGGGCGAUAAUUGGCCAUCGUGGCCGCAUCUAAAGAUGGUUUUUUAAGAAGCGGUUUAAUAACCGCCUCUUUCAGCGGGUCUGGGAAGGCUCCCUCACGGAGGGAAGCAUUCACCACCCCACGAAGCCCAUCGCCCAGUCCUUCCCGGCUAGCUUUUAUAAGCCAGGAUGGGCAAGGAUCCAGGAGACAGGUGGUUGGCUUCACUCGUCCAAGCAGCCUGUCCACAUCCUCGGAGGUAACAGGUUGGAAUUGAUCCCACGCAACUUGACUAGACAGGACUCUAGCACUCUCCUGCCCUGGCCCUGCUCCCACAGUGGAGUCUACUUCUUCCCGAAUCUGAGCGAUUUUAUCUGUAAAAAACUUUGCAAAAUCAUUGCAGGAGAUCAUGUGGCCCGUACUGGGCCCAGAUGUCGCAGGUGGUUCCGCUAAAUUGUGAACCACCUGAAAAAGUCUCCUGCUGCUGUUUUCUGCAGAUGCAAUAUGCAUUUGCAGAUGCAAAUGCGGCGAAGAAAGUCUUCUUCGCCGUCGCUAUCGCCACUUGGUAGGCUCGACGUUGAGCUCUAACCUGUGUCUGGUCAGAUUCGUAGUGAGUUAUCUGCCACCGGCGCUCUAGCCGUCUCAACGAUUCUUUCAUUGCCCUCAGAUCCGUGGAAAACCACAGGGCUGUCCGGGCUCCAUGCAAUCGGAGAGGGCGCUUUGGAGCCAAACAGUCAAUAGCCCUGGUUAGCUCCACAUUCCAGCGGGCCACCAGGGAAUCGGCUGAAAGGCCAUCAACAUGGGAUAAAGCAUCCCCUACCACUCUCUGGAAACCAUUUGGAUCCAUUAAGUGGCGGGGCGGACCAUCCGAAUUGGUCCCACCUCCCUGCAGAGGGGAUGGGUCGCAGAGAAGUCCAGUUGCACCAGGAAGUGAUCUGACCAUGGCACUUCUUUCGUUUCGCUUUUACUUAGUGUCAGAUCACCAACAUCCAUAGAUGAGCACCCCAACCCUAUAAAGCAAGAUGAGCACCCCAACCCUAGAGUUGUCCGCAACUGGACCUAACGAUCAGGGGUCCCUUUACCUUUACAUAUCUUAACAGAAGAAAAGUAUAGCAAAAAUACAAAUAUUAGAUUUUAACUCAUUCUAUUGCCAGUCUGUAUUUGAAACCUCUCUCUCUCUCUCUCUCUCUCUCUCUCUCUCUCUCUCUCCUUGCAGUAUGUAUCCUCAACCUUCAGGGGAGCAGCAGCCCUUACACAGACACCUCCCCACACUUACAGUCCUUUUGUGAGGUCCUGGAAAUGAUCCUUCGCAAAGGAAUAAAACGUGAGUGGCUUUUUCUGUACCAAAGAUGGACAGUGUUUGAAUACUGUGCAUGGAGAUUUCCCUUUGCAGGGAGCGGGUUGCACUGCAGUUGGGGGCAAUAGUGGGACAGGACCAGCCUUACAAGGAAAGGUGGGCUGGAAGUAUUUUUAAUAAUAAUAAGUAAAAGUUCACCUGAAAGUUCACCUCCUCCUAUAUGUAUCUCCCUGGAUUUUUACUUCAGAGGCCCUAGCCCUGUGAAGCUGAUCUCACUGCCAGGUAAGGUGUAGCCAGUGCCAUCUCUGCUGGUGGGGGCCCCAGGGCACGACUCUCUCCCCCUAUCUGCCCCCUCCCUGCUGUUGUUGCCAGCUACUGUUGCUUCCUCUGCCUCAUCAUUGCUACCACCUGCUUACAUGGCAAACAGACCCAGUGAGCAAGCAGGCAGUGGCAGCUCCACCUCCUUCUCACCACCACCUUCUUGCAAGAGUGAAAAGCAGAUAAGUGGUGAAGAGGAGAAGCAGGUCCCGGGGGCUCCAGUCACUGAGCCCCUCCUGAGGUGUGGGCCUUAGGCAAGUGCUUAGUCAUGCCCACCCAUGAUGCUGGCCCUAAGUGUGAUUUGUUGCUGGCGGUGGUCAUGAUGACACUUCAGUAGUCGAAUAUUGUUCCCAGAGAGGUUCAUCUGGUGGCUACUUUGGGGUCCUUUGUAGCCAGGAAAAGACAUUUUUUAAAUUUUUCCAGCCCUUUUAAGACCACUAAUCUCAUAAAUCUUUUAUUGUACGGUCACACCUCAGUUUCCGAUCGUCUCCAUUGCCGUACAUUUUGGCUCCCGAACGUCAACGGAAGUAAGUGUUCCAGUUUUCAAACGUGCCUUGGAAGCUGAACGUCCGACACGGCAGACAAGCAGCUUCCGAUUGGCUCUUCCGAUUGCAAGAGCCAAUCAGAACCUGCGCCUCAGGAAUCGAACAUUUCGGAAGUCAAUUGUCCUUCUGGAACGGAUUGCGUUCCACUUCCAAGGUUUGACUGUACUUUUUAUUGUUCCCAAAGAACUCUGACCCCUGCAAUUUUUAUAUUUCAGAGGUCUUAGUACCCUUCCAAAAGUAGGGUUUCCAGGGUUCUUUCCAUCAAUGCUGUUUAAAAUUGUUGAGGAUUGAAGGGUUGAUCAGCCAUGUCCCAUGAGGGAGUUUGCAGUGGCAAUGCAGACGACCACUGCAGUACAGAGACCGAGGUGGGAGAGGGAUUCGCGUCUUGUUGCAGAUAUCAGAAAUUUACAUAAGUUGCAAAAUCUAAUUGCAGUUUCUGCUGAUGCAAAGGCAUUUGGUGUGUGUUGCAGUAGAAAACUUCACACUUGCCAGCCUUUCACCAUGCACAGAUUGCUGAUGCGUGCACAGAGUGAACCAGACCCUUCCUGGCAGCGCCCUGAACCCCCAAGGAAUGUGUCCAGUGUAAAUGUGCUCUAACUGAGCACCUUCUGGUGCUAAGGAAAUGGUGUCUGUAAUCUUUGGUUGUGCGAUGCAGCACUUUGCUGUGCUGCUUUUCUUCCUAAAGGAAAGUCGUCUUGUCUUCCUCAGAGCCCGUUCUGGGGUUCAAGAGAAAGGACUAUUGGCACUGGCUGGAACAGCUUCCGCAAGUAACCCAUCCCAGGUGGGUGGCCUGUAGUCGUACUUUAUGAUACUGCAAAUGUAAGAGGAACUUGAUUUUCUGCUUUUCCUUUUUAUAUACAGUGGUACCUCGGGUUACAUACGCUUCAGGUUACAUACGCUUCAGGUUACAGACUCCGCUAACCCAGAAAUAGUGCUUCAGGUUAAAAACUUUACUUCAGGAUAAGAACAGAAAUUGUGCUCCGGCGGCACGGCAGCAGCAGGAGGCCCCAUUAUCUAAAGUGGUGCUUCAGGUUAAGAACAGUUUCAGGUUAAGUAUGGACCUCCGGAACGAAUUAAGUACUUAACCCGAGGUACCACUGUAUAAGCAUGAUUACAGCUACAGGCUGUUAUUAAUUUUCUGCUUUUUCUUAUCCUCCUCUCACAAUUCUUCUUAUUUAACCUGAUGUCCAUAAAUGAGUAACUAUGGUGUUCAUAUCCUGUUUGUGGCCGUCUGGUUGUCCGAUAGGCAUCUGGUUGGUCACUCUGAGAAAUGGGAUGCUGGACUAGAUGGGCUUUUGCCCUGAUCCAGCAGGGUUCUUCUUACACUCCGAGGUCGCCCCACAAUUAGAGGUGCUCAUAGUUUUUGUAAUAAUACCCAUAAGGUUGUUUGGUUUUUGGCAUCACCUUCUUUUAAGUUCAAGAGAAUGUGUGUCUCACACAAUGGCCAUUUUCCUUUAGACUUCCAUUUUACAGGGACCGUCUUUGAACUUUAAAAGCUCUCAGUCACAUUGACAUCAUCAUGAUGCCAGAUGACUGACAUAUGGGUGGUCCUGCUCUCCUGUCCAAGUUGGCCUGUGGUGGGAGUGGGGGGUAUUAGGAAUCUGACCUGCUUCACAGGGGAGUCACAAUUCCCAGAAUCCUUCAUGCUGACUUUUGAGGGGUAUCAAGGAAAGGAUGGCAGGGGGUGCAUAAUUUUUUCACCCUGAAAUAUAACCAUCUCCGUUUUAAGUGACUUGACCGUGGUUUCUGUUUCUGUACCCUGUGAUAACAAAGUCUUUUCUUCCUAUAGCAUGACCCUCCUGUCAAUGAUGAUUGAGAAAACUAAUUCCUGUGAGAAGGUGCUGACAGCACAAGGACGAGGGCGGUACUUCCUGCGCCUGGCUUUGAAUAGGAAGUUACUAGCUGUUGCUGUUAAGCAGUUGAUCAGAUCUUCCAGGCUGCUUGAGGUGGGAACAUAACGUAAUUCAGAGCAAUUAAAAGGAGAAGUUAUUUUGAAUAAUAAGAGUACUCAGACACCUGUCUUUGUUAUGCUCUUUUCUUGGGGCCUCCGUCGGGUGGACACAUAAGUUAGUAGGUGUGCUUUGCUAAAGACCUGGUCUGCGGGAUAUUCCUGUAUUCGCCAUGCUUAUAAUCUUGAAACCAGUGCUGAUUUUUAAAUGUACUCAGUCUAGGGCUAAUGUUCUUUAACAGAAAGAAUCUGCAAUUGUUCAUUAUAACUUGGCAGUUAAACCUAUGGCCCCAUUUGGGGAACAGCUGUAACUCAGCGGCAAAGCAUAUGCUUUACUUGCAGAACAUCUCAAGUUCCACCUACAGGUAGAUGUGGCAUAUUCCUUCCUGUGCCCCUGGAGAGCCAAUUGCUAGUCAAUGUGAAUAGUACCGAUUGAGGUGGACCAAUGGCCUGGGUUAGUGUUAGGCAGCUUCCUGUAAUCCUGCUAGUGGUAAUACUUAGCUCCUAAACGGGGGGGGGGGGGGGACGACCCUAAAAUCCCAAACCUAAAUUAAUGCUCCUUUCUAGAUAUUAUGAUGGUUAAUAAUUGUUUCCUGUUCCUGGUGCGUACGUACCUUUGUGGUCAACUUAUUUAAAUUAUUAUAAUUAUUCAGAGUUGUUUUUAUUUCAGUGGUAUGAUCCAAUGACCUCCAUCCUAGGCAAUGAAGACUUAUCUGGUAAGAGUCAUCUCUGUCCACUCAUUGCAUUGUGCAAGAGAGCAGGAUAUCACACUGAUGAAGUGGACUCUUACUCUCUAAAAGCUUGUGCCAUAUUAAAUGUAUUACUCCUUAAGGUGCUAGAAGACGCCUUGUUUCUUGGCUACAAAAUGUAUUAACAUGGCUGCCUCUGGAAGUUAUGACAAGUGCCCUGAGAGUCAUUUUGCAUUCUGUUGUAGCACAGUAUGUUACUGAAAUUUAUCGUGCCUUGCUUUAUAACAGUCUUGCUUUUGAAUUACUGGGUUCUGCACUGUACAAAGUUGAAAAGGUACCAGAGCUCAAUGGCAGCAUUCUCGAUGUCUAAAUUUAUUCUGCACUGGAGUUAAGGGCCAUCUUCACCAUACAUCUUAAACAGGUGUGUCCUAACCUAGUACCAGAGCGUCCUAACAAGUUUAAAUGCCCUUAGCCUAAAGUGGUAUGAUACUGUUUUAAAUGUAUAGGGCAAAUGAUGCCCAGGUAAGGGGCAAAGUAAGUGUAGCACUUUAAAUUGCCCACUCCAGUUUUUAUAAGGAAUCAGGAAACUUUCUGACACACAAGUCUGUUGCCAGCAUGUCUAGUUUGCCCAGUGAUGUGUUGCAUAUUGGCUACAUAAUAACUGAAUUUUAUUAUUAAAAGGAUGCAAUUAAUGUUGUUGUUCAUUUGUUUUUUUAAAAAUACCCAGGGUUUCUAAUUAUAAUGUUGUGAAUGGGCAUAUUUGUUUCAAUAAAGUACAGUGAUGCUCAAAAUGGGUUAAUAUACAUUCCUCCCCCCCCCCCAAGUUGAAUGGGCAGCUUGUUCAUUCCUUGAUGUCUGUAUUUCUUGGUUUGCAGAACGGGGGUUUUCAGCAGCCUGUUUUUAAGAUAAUAUUUAGUUUUCUGUUAAUUAUGUUGCUUUGACUAGAUACUCUAUAUUUGACUUUCUUCAGAAAUGUUAAUAAUAAUAAUAAUAAUAAUAAUAAUAAUAAUAUUUGCAGAAGGGUUGCUUGGAAGUUAUGUUCCAAAUGGUGAUGCAUGUAUAGAUUUUUAUAACCAGGUUAUUACCAGGACCCCUUCUUCAAGGGCUUCCGCCUCUUCAGGAAGCAUUGUAUUUAUUUGGGCAGGGACACGGCGCUGUGGUCUAAACCACAGAGCCUCGGGCUUGCCGAUCAGGUGGUCGGCGGUUCGAAUCCCUGCGGCAGGGUGAGCCCCCGUUGCUCGGUCCCUGCUCCUGCCAACCUAGCAGUUCGAAAGCACGUCAAAGUGCAAGUAGAUAAAUAGGUACUGCUCUGGCGGGAAGGUAAACGGCGUUUCCGUGUGCUGCUCUGGUUCGCCAGAAGCGGCUUAGUCAUGCUGCCCACAUGACCCAGAAGCUGUAUGCCGGCUCCCUCGGCCAGUAAAGCGAGAUGAGUGCCACAACCCUAGAGUCGUCCGCGACUGCACCUAACGGUCAGGGGUCCCUUUACUCUUUUAAAGUCAACAAUAUUCUAGCUGUGUUAUCACCUGUGUGGGCACCAGAAGUCAGCCUGAUUAAAGUUGUCUUGCAUCUGUUUGAGAAGAUGCCAGGCUUGGGCUUUGGUGAGUCUCCAGGAGAAGAGGAUUCCUAAGUUGAGGGGCCGAGAACAUCUCUCUGCAUGUCCUGCCUUGGUUGGUUUAUAGCUGGAAUCCUUAUAAGAGUAUUCAAAGUCGAUUAUAAAGAUUGUGGGUAGUAGAGCAGAGGGGUGGAGGCAGAUUCUUAAGCAUGCUGGUCCCACAUUGUUUAGGACUCCCCACCACAACGUGGGAUUUUUUUCAUUGUUGUUGAGUCGGGUCAUUUGGCUCCCUUGCAUGCUUGUGCUAUGGAUAGGCAUGUUGCAGGACCAAUGUAGAUACGAUAUUCUGCACAGCCCCACUGUGGAAUCUCUUAAAACAACAAGGUGGUUAAGGCAGUAGACUUGAAUUCUUUGUGUGCCCUGUUAACCCGUGGCAUCCAGGAUGCUGCUGAGGCCCUCUACCUGUGAAAAGGCAUGCAGCCUCUGGUAGCUCCACCUCUCCCUUGCCAGUGAAUUCUGCUGUGUCCUCCCUCCACAUCAGUGGCUGGUUUUUGUCUUUCUCAUUGUGACACCCUCCUUUCUGGGCUCACAGAUUGUCAGGUCCUUUUAUAAGCUUUGCUGGCAAGGCAGAUGCACUGUUUCAUGAUUGCCUUGGAGGCACUAUCUGUGUGGUAUGUAACAACAUCUGUUUUGAACUCUGGGGUUAUUAAAAUCAUCCUUAACCUCCAGCUAGUCAAUGUAUUAUAUAGGUUUCUGAAGUGCCAGACGUGUCGAGAUUGUGCCGUUGCUGUCUGGAGGCCUAAAAAAAUAGGAUGAAAGCCUUCAUGCCGUUCAUAAGCUUGCACAUUCUUACACCAAAAAUAUGUCUGUGUGUGUGUUAAGUAACACCGGCGGGUUUCCCCAUAAUGAGCCUUUCAAAAUGCAAGCAACUGAAGCUUCUUCAGGACUCAGUAAAAUUGUGGCUUCUUAUUUGUUACUUCAUUAAGGGUGAUCUGUUACAGAAUUCUGCUGUUUUGAGUUUUAUGUUACUCCCUUUUGUCUUGUUUCCACAUUUUUCUUCCGUUAUUCCUCUUCUCAGCUUUUUCCUCAAUCAUGUUGUUGUAAAUAGUAAACGUAAGUGCUCUGUAGUAUUGCUGAGGAUUGAUCUGUGACUUUUCCCGGCCCCUUCACCCUUCUGUUUCACCUCUCCCACCAAGAAUUGUCCAUGUGCAGCAACAAAGAAGUCUGCUUCACACUUUGCCAUGUUCAAUUAGGUCAUUUUAUUUACAGCCUUCCAAAGAGGUCAAGGUCUCUAAUGUAUGUGUUUAAAUCUUUGUGUUUGUAUGUGACAAACACACAUUUCCAACAGCUCUUAUGUUCUUAGCACCCAGGGAGCUGGGACUAGCCAUGGGUCUCUAACCAUGUGUGCACACAAUAGUGGUAAGCUCGUGUUUGCCUUCAUUACAUGGGAAGCAGAUCUCAGUGGCACCAGGAGGCAUGAAGGUGAGGGCAACUACAGUUUGGCUCAUAGCCAAGGUUGCAGUGUCCUUAUUGGGAACGAGAAGAGAAAAGAGCCAUACUUCCUUUUAGUGCUUUUCUCUGGGGAAGGGUAAUGUGUUGUGGAUUAAAGUGCAGAAAAGGGCAUUUCCUUACCUGUUUUCUAUUAGAAUAUCAUCCCAAAAGCUAUUUGUAUGGUGACUUUUAGUGACUUUUUCCUUAUCACUGUUGUGGGAUCAGCUACUGGGUCAGGCUUCAUUUAACAACUUCACCUGGAAGGCAGUUGAAUUCUGGACACUGAAUUCCCCACAAUCUGGUUUGAGGAGAUGAAUGCUAAGUGGCGAUGAGACUUUAUUGCCGUGGUUCCUGGAUGUGAGGCAGGCUUCCCUGAGGAGAGGCAGGUAAUUGCUUGGGGAAAUGCGAGUCCCACACAGCCGCCGCCUCAACUCAUAUUUUUAAAAAAUUAUUUAAAUUUAUGGAGAUUCAUGUGGUUCAGAGCAGCACAGUUGUCACUUACAAGCUGACAGUGUGACAUGUAUAGCUUCCUAGGAAGGUGACUGCCUGAAGCUUCCAGCUAUGUGCUUAGAUCCAGAGUCACCACCAAUCUGCUUCUUUAGAUUCCCAGAGUAGCUAUGGAGGGAUUGCAGAUCUCUACACAAUUCUAACUGCCACACGGUGUAAGCAGCUGCUGAAUCCUUCUCGUGUAUACGGCUUGAUUGAGCCUGUGGGCAAAGUUCCCAUUUCGCCUUCUCAACCUGUUGGUGCACCCUGAGUGACCUCACACACCUGCCCACCAAGGCAUGAUGCAGCUGAUCUGUGAGAACCACCGUUACUAUUUGUAAAGAUUUUAUUUUCUGUUCAAUCUGUGUGAGGUACAAGUGAGUGGCGCCAGCUGAGAAACUUGCCUUUGUUCUGUGUUGAUUACAUUUUUGAAAGGCUCAAAUAUUACUUUAGGGAGACUUGCUUCCAUUGCAAGUUUGAGAUUUCUUGGUUCGUGUUCUCAGUGUGUCCCUUGACUUACCGAUAAAUGAAUGUAUAAAGUUGGUCAGAAAUCCGGCAGCAAUUUUUGAUUCUCUUAUUUCCUCCUUCCAGAGCCUUUCCUCUCUCUGAUGCUGGUGGUGACAGAAAUGAAUUUCUCCCUAGAUUUGCAGGUACAGUUGUUGAUGAUUUGGGGACCUAAGUUUCAUGCAGCUUCCACUGCUUAAUACCCUCUAGAUGUUUCGAUUUACAACUCCCAGCAGCUCCAGGGAGCACAUCCUGGCUGGUUCUGACGAGAGAUGUAGUCCGAACAAGGCUGGAUUAAUAGCUGUAUUUUCCCAUCUUUCCUUUUAACCUCUGGCUUGACCUCUCAUAGUUUGCCAUUCUUUCUGUUUGUAGAAUUCCAGUUUCUUGGAUGAAAGCUGGCAACUUCCGGUAAGAAGCUUUAGUCCUCUCUCUCAAUACCCCCUUUUGCACAAUUCAUGAUAUUCUCCCAUCUUGCUGCUUACAGAUAGGGAUGGCACCAUCUGUUUCACACCUGUAGCAACAGGCCAAAAAUGGCGCCUCUACUCUGGACUGGAACUUUAUGUUUAUGUGGUGGUUUUUUUCUAUUUACAUUUUAAUGUCUCAGAAGCAUGGAGGUUUGUGGCAGGGAAAUGGUAACACCUCUGGGAUUUCUCUGCUUGAUUAAAUCACUUUGUGGCUCUUUGUGAAUUUUUAAAGUGCUUUAUGGGUCUUUCAUUCAACCUUUUAAUAAUGUCCUAUUUGAGAAACUUGAACUCUAUGUCUCUCUGAACCGAGUCUGAACCCGAGUCCAUUGACAGCUACACUUAGAAUUUUAAAUCAUUGUACUUGGACAACUUCAGCUAUACUGAAAUGCUGUAGGGUUCUGGCUUCAGCUAGGCCACAGAACAAGGAUUCCAGUUUGCAUCAAUCUAAGCUGUUUUUAAAUAUGUGUGCAUCUUUCCGUUUGUGGUAUUUGGGGUAGGGGAAGGAUCUGUGGUACAUUAUUUGAAGUACUUCUGCACUGCCAAAAUCAGCCUCAGGUUGACCUCAUGAAGCGAUGGGGACUCUGUGACACUCCCAAGUAUUGAUGGACUUCAACUCCCAUUAUUCCUGUUUAUUGGCAGUAAUGACAGGGGACUGAUGGGAGUUGGAGUCUUAACUGCAUCUGGAGAAUCACAAAUUCUCCAUCCUUGGCUUUGUGACACUGGCCUGUGGCUGAUUUUAUUUUUAUUAUUUUGCUGUGUCUUAUCAGUAAAGACAGGGCAAGACUAUGCUUGGUCUGCUUGUCUGAGUCAAGCAUCUCUGGGCUUUGAUCAUUUGCUCUGCAGAUUAGGGAUCAUUUAAUUUAAGAUGUGGUGAAUAUCUAAAAGUGGAUUGCACUAGAAGCCUCUAACCCUGAAGUCACGCAGUAUAGCGUCAUGACAGUGUUUCAUCCCAAUGAGCCUUUUGCGGAUAAAUGGAGAAUUGGAGGCUUCAGGCCCUUCCACUGCCUUCCUUUAAAGCUAAUGCCCCUAUAAGAAGCAAAAUUUCUCAUCUACACCAAGGCUCUGAAGGAGGAUUUAUUCAAGCUUGCUGGAUACCACACUGAUAAAUACAGUGGUACCUCGGGUUAAGUACUUAAUUUGUUCUGGAGGUCCGUUCUUAACCUGAAACUGUUCUUAACCUGAAGCACCACUUUAACUAAUGGGGCCUCUUGCUGCUGCCGUGCCGCCGGAACACAAUUUCUGUUCUCAUCCUGAAGCAAAGUUCUUAACUUGAAGCACUAUUUCUGGGUUAGCGGAGUCUGUAACCUGAAGCGUAUGUAACCUGAGGUACCACUGCACUGCUUUCUAGGUGUGCCUGACCUACGAAACUGUCCCCUGCAGGGAGCUGGGAAUGGUGCUCAGGUAAGAGACCUGGCACAUCCUUACGUUGCUUUGAACUUCCUCUGCACAAAAUCCACUGUUUUAAAUAAAUAGCCUGGUGUGGAUCUGUAAGAUAAAGCCCAUAGGGAACAAUGAGAGUUGGUCACUGAAACGAAUGCCAGCCUGAUACAGUUUUGUGGAGUGUAUUCUGCUUGUGCUAAAAGCAUGGAGCUGGCAAGGGGCAGGGCCUCUCCCAGGCCUGGAAAUUCCAUUCAUCUCCCUGCCUGACUUCUGAGAUUUCACCAACCAUUGCCCACAUUCAUCCAGACUAAUCAUAGAAUUGUAGAGUUGGAAGCGACCCAGAGGGUCUUCUAGUCCAGCCCCCUGCAAUGGAAUCUUAACACGCUUUCCCCCAUCCUAUUUGAAACCAUAUUGGAUCCUGAUUGACUUUGCAAAUGUGCUAAUCUUUGCAGCCAUAAAAGGAUACAAAGGGAAACCGCCAUGGUUUGAUAGUUGGACUAUAAAACGCUGGAGAUUCAAGUGCAAAUGCACAUUCAGCUGCAAAGUUUGCCGGGCAAACUUGGGCCAGUCACUAUAUCUCAGCCUAAACCAAGCAUCGGCAAACUUGGCCCUCCAGAUGUUUUGGGACUACAACUCCCAUCAUCCCUAGCUAACAGGACCAGUGGUCAGGGAUGAUGGAGAGCCGAGUUUCCCUAUGCCUGACCUAAACUACCUCGCAGGGUUAUUGUGAGGAGGAAGGGAGGGAACCAUGCAUUCUCUGCGAAGCUCUUUGGAGGGAAGGCAAACUAAAAAUGUAACCAUAAACUUGGAUUUUAAAAACAAAGCCUGUCAUUUUCAGUAUGCUGAAUUCUGUACCCAGUAGCAAAUUCUAUGCUCGUACAGAAUGACUGAAUGCCCUCGCCCCUGGUUAUUUGUAACUUAAGAGCAGUGGCUUUGACAAACCGUGACCUGAGCCUGUGCCUAGCAAUAAAGAUUAGCGGUUUCUGCAAGGUAGAAAUCCUAGUGUUGACAAGGGAGUUCAGCCUACUACUGUGCAACAUGUAGUCCCCAGGCCGUACAUGGCCUUUUAGAGCACUUCUGAGAGGAGCUUGUAAACCCCCAAGAAUCCCAAUCAACAGCAUUGCAGAAGGAAAAAAUCAGAUGGGAAUAAGUGCAAAUGCCACAGAAACCCACUAAGAAGAGUUCCAAUAAUUAUUUGAUUUUUAAAAAAUCAUUUUUAUUAUUUAGUAACAAAUGCUUCAUAAAAAGGAACGUACAAAGAAAGAACAGUGAUGUACAAUCAAUUGCUGGGAGGCUUACACAGUAACGUCUAGCAAUUCAUUAUUUUUGAGGAGCCACCUCCAAGUUUUGUUCAUUCACGUUUGAGAUUCCCAUCCCCAUGAGGCUUAAGCAUUUCAUAAAAGGAUGUCUCUCAAGAAUGGUAAUGUGUCUGCCAGUUUUGGCAUCCAUGAAGCUUGUGCAAUUACCUUGAUGGUACACAACAGAUGUGCAAAUUAGCUGCUGCGCUCUGGCUUGUGAAGGAUUUCCGUUGUGCCUUGUCUUUUUGCAACCUACCGCUGGUUUUAAACGCCAUGGGCUAUCCGAGCCAAAUAGUCUUUUUGCCCUAAUAAUUUUGCAGAAGUAGAAUUUUGCAGAAGUAGAAGAGGUGCAGUGCCAAUGAUUGAGUACAUAUUUUUACCACCUACAUAUGAGCCUCUAAUGAAGGGGGCUUUGGUGAAGCCUGACCCACAAAAUGCUACACCCAUUUUUCAUGUUUGCCAAAGACACCGUUUGCAUAAGCAACCGAUCAUGUGGGUGGUUUAUUCUAGUACAGCCGAGUGGACAAGAAAUCCACAAAGCGAUCUGCUUGUGUGAGGGUUGCCUUGCACAGUUUGGGUUGAUCUUAAACCAUGCCAUUUGCAGCCCUUCAUUUUCAGGGAGCUUGUGCUAGUUUGGUUAACAUUAAAGGUGGUGGUGAUGGUGGUUAGAAACCACGUUGAAAAGAGAAACCCUGAAAGGCAGCCUAUAGAUGCAGAAAAUAAGAAUGUAUGAACAAGUAGUAGAUGGGGAACUCUGUGGCCCUCCAAAUGUUUUUGGACUCAAACUCCCAUCAGCCCUAGCAAACAUCGCCAUUGAUCUCGGGGAUGAUGGGAGUUGAAGUCUAACAACAUGAGGAAGGCCACCAGUUCCCUAUCCCUGGUGUGGAAUCUAUUAUUUUCCCAUCAUUCUGAGCAAAAGAAAGAAAGAAAUCUCUUUUAAAAGACAUUCACCAUUUCUUUCUCCCCUGUGAUCUUCCUUCUUUUGCCUCAAGUAUGUGGUACCUCAACUCUUCAAUGCGAGCCCUUGGCUUGUCUCUCUCCACCCCUUCCUCUCCCUCUUCUCGUCACAGAUAUUUGGAUGGACGGAUUUUCAUCGUAAAUGUGCUCCCCCAAAGCCAGGCAGCAGUGGAUGAGGUGGUGCUGGUUGGAGAUGUUAUUGAUGAGAUAAAUGGAUCUUCACUGAGGAACGCAUGCAAUGGACAGGUGUGAAAGGGAACGCUCUGAUCUCGGGGGACUAAGGCUGCUGUGUUGCCUGAGAUCCUGAGAAAGGAGCAGAAGAGAUGGCUGUGUGGUGUUGCUAUGGGAACUGUGCAGAGCUAAAGCUCUGGUGUUUGACCUGGAGAUCAUGGUGAAGAAUUGAGGGUGUGGGAGGGAUACAGAAAGACUGGGAAACAAAAUGUCUUUCUUUCUUUCUUUCUAAAAAGUAUAGAGCUUUGCACUGCAGGAAUGAAUAGAAUUAUUAUAAUUACUUUAGAAUUUCAGAAACUUAAAUUGAUACCAGUGGUUUGCUCGCUUUUAAAGUUUUCUUUUACAAUGUUUAUAGGUAUGAGAAAUGUGGGGAUCAAGACAACUAUUGGGGAGGCAUAGGAAUCUGCUUGAAACCACGGCAAGCUAUAGACUCCUUGUCUACUGCAGCUAGUGGGGAAACCACAGCUUAAUAUUAUAAACAAAUUGCCCAGUCUUUCUUGAACCUCAGUAUUCAGACAGUUUGUGAUAGCUAGCAAUACAAUUAAUUAGGUUUUUUUAAAACAAACAAACAAACAAACAAAACAAUCACCUAAAUAUUUCAGCAUUUUUUUGGAUCAAGAGAAUUUUUUUACUGUGCUUCCUCUGAGUAUAGCAAAGUUGAACAAAUCAAGCUGUUUGCUUACAUGUAUUUCUGUCAGGGCGGGGGGCUGGGGCAGAAUAUCUUAUCCCGGGAGCUUUGUUCAUGCUUUCCAUGUAAGUGUCAGAUCUGGCUUGCCUGACAGAUGGAAAUUAAUGACUGUGCAAUCCCAUACAGGUCUAGUCAGGCUGUGUGGACGCCAUAUAUUUAAAGCACAUUUGAAACACAUUCCUUCCCUUAAAGAAUUCUAUUCACUGUAAUGUACCACUCACAGAGUUACAACUUCCACUUUGCCAAGGCAGUCUCUUCUAGUGACAAACUGCUUGUGCUGUCAGGAAGUUCUUUCUGGAACUUAGUGCCUGAAUCCUUUUUCUUGUAAUUUAAAGGCACUGGUUUGAGCCUUUCUAGAUCACCAGAAAAUAACUUUGCUCCUUCAUCUAUGUGACGCUCCUCCAGAUAUUUCAAGGUGGCUGUCAUACUGCCUCUGAAUUGUGUCUUUCCCAGACUGAACGUACCAGUCCCUCUAUUGGACCUGUUCCUCCUUAUGGGAGAAAAAUAUGAAGAUGUGCUCCUUUAUGUACAGUGGUACCUUGGUCCUCAAACUUAACCCAUUCCAGAAGUUCGUUCCAAAACCAAAGCAUUCCAAAACCAAGGAGCACUUUCUCAUAGAAAGUAAGGCAAAAUGGAUUAAUCCGUUCCAGACUUUUAAAAACAGCCCCUAAAACAGCAAUCUAACAUGAAUUUUACUAUCUAACAAGACCAUUGAUCCAUAAAAUGAAAGUGAUAAACAAUGUACUGCAGUCAAUCAAUCAAUCAAUCAAUCAAUCAGUAGCUGAACUGGAUUCCACACAGUCACAAAAAAAAAGACCUACAAAAAUGCAGAAUAAAUAGCAAAAACAGACAGACCUCAGCGUAACACUCAAAACGGAAGUGUGGCACUCAAAUCAGAAGCGUAACACUAAAAUCAGAAGUGUAACACUCAAAAUGGAGCAUGUUCAGCUUCCGAAAAACACUUUGGGUUCCAAGUUGUUUGAGUACCAAGGUGUUUGAGAACCAAGGUACCACUGUAUUGUGGGAACAGCACAGAAAAAAGCUUGUAACCUCUAUGAUUGGGAUUAGUGCCAGGUAAGCAGUGCUAGAAAUUCUUGCCCAUGCUCUCAACCUUUCUGUUUCUCUUCAGGCUGGGACAGUGCUACAGAAGUACAAGGGCAAGCCUCUGAGCUUCCGUCUGAUCCGCUGGAAGUGGCACGAUGGAGGGAUGUACAAGCCGCUUCUCCCCUACCUGAAAAUCCUCCAGGAGAAAAUCCCCAGCUUCCAGCUCCAGCAUGAGCACACGCACAAGGAAAAGAAAGAGGACCGGUGCUUGCAGGGGGGCAGGUAGGGGCUGCCAGGGGAGCAGAGCGGCAGCAAAACAGUUGCAGGCUCCAGCUUUCGGCAAUCGGUAACAAUAAAGGUAGUCAGCAUGGAUUCAAUCUGAAUGCAGCCUGUAAUUAAGGUGGAAACGUUACGGUCCUUGGGCUGUUUUCACCUGCCACACAGCUCUAGGCUGAUCACCACGUGGUUCGUGAGUGAGAGAGACACACAACAGCAGCAAAACAGUGUUAUGUUUACAACUGGGGGUGCUUUUGAGCCACCUAGGGCCAUGAAGGGACACGAAAGUAAAAUCCCACGCCAAACUGAGAGGAAGAUUUGGAAGGCCCAUAUUACCAGUGCUAUUUUUCUGGAAAAAUAGGUGCUGGAACUCACCAUGAACACCUCCCUUGUUCUCUUAUAACGGCAAUGGCGCCCACCUGAGAGGUGCUGGAAUGAAGUUCCAGUGUGUUUGGGCUGAAAAAAAAAGCCCUGCAUAUUACCAAAGAGAGAAUAGCUCCCCGUACCCUGUUGAAUGAGGAGGACUGAAAGGGGAAGGCACAUAAGAUUUCAGUGAAAGUUUUUUUUAUUUUUUAUUUAAUUCAAAAUUAUAACAAGACAUAUUAUCCAAAAACAUAUCAUCCUUGUUUUCCCCAUUUUUCCUCCCUCCCCCCUCCCACUCAAACCCCCCCACCCCCAUGACUUCCCUCAGUUCCAGUCUUUGGUUUCUCUAAGAAUGCUGUUUUCUGCAUGUUACAAAGUUGUAUAGAUCCUCAAACUAUUUAGCUGAUUAUUAUAAAUAAAAAGUUUGUGAAUGUUUAUUCAAAACAAGAUUUCAGUGAAAGUUGAGGUGAGUGGGGAGUGAGGUAAAGCAGUUUCUAAGGUCAAGCCAACUUAGGAAUUCCACUUCAGUUGCUGUGUACAUAUUUAGAGCCUGUUCUUGUGGCACAGACCUCUUGCCCAGAGCCAGUAGUUAUCGUGGAGAGCCAGUAGCGCCAACAUUACGUUUUUACACUCUGGUAUGGUUAAACAAUAUAGAUCUCAAUUGUGACUAGUGCGUGCAUGUUUAAAUGGGCACUUUUCUCAUUAUAUACCCAGAAGGAGGAGAUCCAUUUUGGUGUGUGCAAUCACCGCUUGAUUAUUGUGGAGAAAAGCAGCCACAUAAACGUGCACACGCCUGUCACAAUCGUUGCACACCAUGUACAUUUUGUUCUGGUAUCGGCCUGUUUCACUUGAACUGCCAUCCCCUCCCCCUGGUCUAAACGAAUGAGCUACUUAUAGACACCGUGGAUUAAUUAUUGUGACCAUUUUCUCCUCAGGCUGCUGUACAACCUGCGGUACUUAGGCCACGUCAAUGUAGGAAAGGUGAGACUGGGUCUUGGACAGAGAAGGGAGGAUUGUUUAGCUUUCCUUGCUAUUGGUUUAUGUCUUUUAUUUUUGUUACACCUUUCCGAUUCUUAUUUUCAGUAUGGAAGCAAAGAGGUGUUAGACCAAGGCAUACCUAUGGUUUUAGAGAAACAUUUGCCACGACAGGUACGUUUCCUGCUUUAACAGUCCAAAAUGUGGAGACAUUUUUCCAAAAUGUGGAGACUGGCACACAAGUAGGGCUUACAGUUGUUAGAUGCAUUCUUGUAUAUUUCUGCCUUUGCAUACAUCUGGUUUUUCCUCUCAAUUUUUGUUCGUUUUUUAAUUUUAAGCAGACUGGAGUUUGACCGCAAUAACUCUUUGCCCAUUCUUUCUUUGUGAGGAAUUGCUAAAUCAGAUUAUAGGUUAUGAGGGCAAAAUUAUUGAUAGGUGGGAGAGUCAAACCUUACUUUUUUUUAUUCAUUCUUCCCCUAUCUUUCCUCAAGUAAGCCCAAGGCAGUGUACAAUGUUCUAUUCUCUUCUCCACCCGCCAAACUUUAUCUUCUCAAUAACCCUUUGUGAUACAUUAGACUAAUAGAUGGUGUCUGGCCCAAAUUCACCCACUGAAGUUCGUGACUGAAGUGGGAUUUGAACUUGGAUCUCUCUAGCCCUAGUCCAGCAAACUAACCAAAUUUUAACCAGGUCUCUCAAAGGAAAAGACGCUUUUGCCUAGCAACCAAAAGCCCUCCAAUUUGGGAUGUACGCAAAAAUUAUUGAGCUUCUCCAGUCAAGAACACAAGAUGAGAGACAGGCCCAACUUUUGUACUCCUAUAGCCUGUGAGGAAAAAAUAAAGAAUCUACUUGGAACUGAAGGAGUAUUUCUUUUCUUCCUCCUUUGAUCUAAUGGCUUGCGACAACUAAGCAGUAGUCAUCGUUGUGGAAGGGAAAGAAACAAAAUAGCAGCAAGCAGAUAAUUGUUUUUGACAAGUACCAUUCACAAAAAACUUGGUGAAUCUGAAAAGCUAUUAAAUAGUGAAACUUUAAUUGUAUUCGCUGAAUUUGUGCAGUAUAGUGAUGACAAUUCUGGUAGAUCUUUUGGAGAAAGAAUACUCUAAAUAUAUACCCCCUUCUACAAGUCUAGGAAUUACAAUUUCAUAUGAAAGCUGCCAAGAAACGCUUGACGAAAACAAACUAUGAUCCCUGUCUUACCGUUCGGCAUCUGAACCCAGAGGUCAUGAUCUGUUUCCAUCAAACAUUCCACAAACCUUGACCUGUUGCCAAAGUUUGGCCUUGGCUUACAGAUUGUGGUUUGUUGGAGCGAAACAAACUACAAACAAUGGUUCAGGAGGAGCAAGGCUGGUUCAGGGAAUGCAAGAGGAGGAGGGGAGCACAUAGCUUGGCACAUUCACCACAAACAAUUCAUUAUGGUUCCCCCCCCCCCCCAACUUGCUGCCCUGCAGACUACACACUCCCAUCAGCCCCUGCCUGCACCGGCUAAUUUACUACAAGGCUUUACUUCUUUGGGCAUUCAGUUCUGCAUGUUAGCAGUUUCCGUAAUGCCUUCUGCGCUCGGUUGCACAUUUCUUUAGAAAUAGCUCUGAGAACCCUCCCUUAAAUCAUGUGCGUGAGGAAAGAGAGUUGACUAUCUCAGAUUUUAAAAAUUCCUGAGGUACCUUUGUGUGAUAUGUAAAUUCUUUAAAUUCGGGGGGAGGGGGUUAAUGCACCCCACCACCAAAAUGUGUUUAAUGUGUGCCCUCUUCCUCUACCCUACCACACUGUCAGCUACCACCAGGCCUAGUCCUGGCCUUGAGUAUAGAACUGCUGUCCCAGAUUGGAUGAGACCUGAGUGAACUUUUCUUAACCAGUCACUUAAUUGCAGCAGCUAGAAGUAGCCACUUCAAACAACACUGCAGCAAGUCACUAAACGUACAUAAACUGAUUUUAUUCCAGCCAGAAGGCCACAAAAUCAACAGAGAGACCCAAAUGGUGGCCGUAUCUCUAGUUGCAGACCUUUAUAAGUCUACCAGCAGGUCAGGAUUUGGAGAGACAGCACACAUUCCUCAACAUACUUUACAGCCUGGCUCCUUAAACAACCUCCUUUUUUCCUGUCAGGUUGGCAUGCAAUUUGUGAGGAGUGAGAGACCUGAGUUCUAAUGCACUACCUGCUAAAGAGAUCCUUCCCCUUUCCACCAUUUUUUAAAAGAAGAAUGGUAUAGAGCUUCUCAUGUUUCUCCUACGCUCCCAAGACCAUUGCAUUUUUGCCUGUACAGUGGUACCUCAGGUUAAGUACUUAAUUCGUUCCGGAGGUCCGUUCUUAACCUGAAACUGUUCUUAAACUGAAGCACCACUUUAGCUAAUGGGGCCUCCUGCUGCUGCCACGUUGCCGGAGCACAAUUUCUGUUCUCAUCCUGAAGCAAAGUUCGUAACCCAAGGUAAUAUUUCUGGGUUAGCGGAGUAACCUGAAGCGUAUGUAACCCGAGGUACCACUGUAUGCUUUUUCACCUUGAUUGUAUUUCUAUGACAGAGCACAGUGCUUUAUAUUGGGGUACUAUAGAAAUGCAGGCAAAUAAAAAUUCAAGGUUAUAGUCCAUUAAACACACAGGAUAGAUUUCUCUCUCUCCCUCCUGCAUAUGUGGGAAGAUGAAGCUGUCAAAAAAGAAAAGAGAGGGAGGGGCUUAAUGAGACAAUCACCCCAGCCUACAGUUACUCUUAAAACUGCUUGAAGCUGAUGUUUGCAAUUUACUACUUGCGCACGAGUCCUUGCCAUUUAAAUAUGGACAUAAAGGUUUGAAGUUGUGUCACCAUCUUAGUGAAAACAUACAGGGCCCCAGCCUCUUCUCUCUGUACAAUUUGGUUCUAGACUCAUCCAGUCUGUCUGCCUGGCCAACAACAACUCACCUGCUGUGGGUUUCUGAGACUGAGCUUUUCAAAAAACAACGCCUGAUCCCACCAGCAAACAAGUGAUGGAGGUGGUUUGAAACGACCACAACGCUGAGACCUUAUUAUAAGCCACAGUAGUAUCCACUGCAGCAAUGCAAGAGCAGCUGGUACUCAAGAGGAAUUCAAUGCUGCGCUGUUCCAGUUGUUCCAUCGGCAUUUCAGCUUGCCCUAUGGAACCAUAUCCCAUGGGGAGAGAAGAGGGGGGAAGGCCCCAUGGCUUAGUGGGACUUAUGCUAGCACACUAACUUAGCUGAAUCCGGCUCGUUGUACCUGCAAGAUGCCACCACCAUCGGAUGCGCCAUCGCACCAUACCAGGAAACGCUUACAAAACAUGAAUGGACCAAAGGGAGAUUAAUUAGCUGCAUGGCCCCUUUCUGAGCAAUGCAGCUCAGAAUGCCCAAGCGUUUCCCUCUUAAAGAUGGGGUGGAUGAGCUUUGUAAAUAAAUAAGGCCAUUUGUUUCACCCCGUUGCCAGAAUGAGCUGGCAUAGCAUGCGACUUGUGUUUCCCCAGUGCUGGAGAAAGUCAAUUGCUGUUCCAGUGAAGGCACUCAAGGCUGCUACUGGUUUGUUUUCUGGGUAGCUCAUAAUGUAGCAACUUACUCACAUGUGCAUCUUUAUUCAACCCAGGUGAGUGCUUCAUGUCAGCAACAUAAUUUAAAGCAGUGGGUUUAAAUUAUUCUUUUGUCUAAUAAGCUCAAGGCUUGUGUACAUUGUUCUGCUUUCUCCCCUACCCCCAAACUUUAUCCUAACAAUAACCCUGUGGGGUAGGUGAGACUGAGCUUAAAUUACUCUUUUGUGAAUACAUUAAUACAUCAAACGUAUAGAUUGGUAGAACUAUUUUGUGGUUUUUUUAAAAAAUCCAUAUACAGCUACUGAAGUCAGUGCUAUAAACUACAAUAGGGCAAAUCUGAGAGCAUAAAUUGACACCAACUAUUUUUAUCUGACGUACAUAAAAAUGUUUACAUUGGCAAUUUUGUGAAAAUUAUGCAGUCUGUUAAGUGAUCAGUUUGAGGCUAUCACUGUGAUUAUUUCUACCCCAAAUCACACCAAGUUGAAGGAAGCAAAAAUGAGGAAAAGACUUGAAAUCCCAGCAAAAUGCUCAGGCCUUAUCUGUUCAUUUUCUGUUGCAGGCGUUUUGACAAUUAACAGUGCAUUUUACUUACCCAUUAUUGUUUCGAACAUUUUGAAUAUAUUUUCACAGGAGGUUUUAUUUGAUGUCAAAGAAACAGAAGUCGUUGUUCAAGAGAAAGCUGCUUCAAAGGUUAGAGUACUUUUCUUUACUGUUUGUGCUUGUCCUGACUAUAUUUAAAUAUUUUAUGUCAAAAUUAUUCAUAGAAUGCAGGCCAAUGAAUUUAGCUGCUUUCUGCUAGGUAGAACUUGCCCAUAAUGUGUGUGAUUUACUGGAAGAUAGGUUGCACAUAGAGGAGCUAUUUGUUUAAAUCUACAACAAAAUCUCUAUUUGAUUGUGUGGAUCAUGGUGCAUUCACACGCAUUUAGAAAACAAAGAGCAUAAAAUUGUAAAUAAUCAGUUCUAGGCCACUGCCUUAUCAGAUCACUCAAUGUUGUUGCCAGGUUCUGUUUCGUUACUCUUAUACAGACAUUUCCUGUGUGGGACGGCGUCUGGACAGCAACAAUCUCUUCGCCUUCUGCAGUGUGUGAGUUAAAAAUAACCACCACCCACAUACCUAGAGAUACACUACACCAGGAUUCUAUUAUCCCUGGCUGUGUAGUUGCAUGUGGCAGCAAUGCAUUUAGAGCAGGCUGAAGUUUGAGUUGAUCUUUUCAGUUUUCCCUGCCAACAAUUCUGCUGAAAUCCCUUACUAUACACUCCGAGCCUAUGUAAAUCAUGCUUUUGAGCACAUACUCUAUUGUACGUCUGCCUCUCCUUUUGAUAAAAUCAUCCAUCCUAUUUGGAAUACCCCAAGGCACCUUGGGUUGUCUGGGGGGAAAUUCACCCUGGCCUAGUUUAGCCAUCACUGGCCUUUCAGCUGGUGGGUUGAGACCUGCUACCCAGUCACUACCUGAUCUUAGGCGCGUCCCAACAGUAGUACUACAAAUAUGCCCCCCCAUACACCCUUUGGGGUAAAGGUUUGUGCCAUCUCUGAAAAGGUUGAAGUAUAUAUAGAGCAUUGAUCUUCCACUGGUAGACCAGGCUUUGCUUAUGCAUCAAUGUAUUAGCAUAAUUUUGAUGCUUUUGUAAAACUGAAGCAAAAUAAAGGGGGGGAACCCCAGAUUUGCUACUUGAGUCUGUAGCCUGACUCCAGUGCAUCACAACAGCAGCACUUUCACAAUGAAAUAUGCCCCCAAGUUUGGAUGAAGAGCUAGGCCCCAGGUCCUGUAAAGGUCAGAAGCGAUGUGUUGGCAGUACCUCAGCUUGCCAGUGUGCUUAAAGGAUUAGUGUUAAAUUUAAGAUGGGGCAGAAUGAACAAAGAUUCAUUCUGCCACAUGCAUAUCAAAUAUAUUGCCCAGUAUGUUGUCAUCAGUACCUCAUUAUGGGAUUCCCUCCCUUUGCCAAUCUGAUAGCCCAGAUUCUUACAUGCUUUCAGAGUCAGCUGCAUUUAUUUGCCCAAUCUUUUUGUGUUCUGUCACUUUGUUCUUUUACCCUGCUGUGUUUUAAGGCUCUUCCAGAUGUUCUUUUAUUGUGCAUUCAUUUGUACUGAUGUUGGGUAUCAAGCUGGCUAUAUUUGAUCCUGCCUAUGCACAGGCCAUAGCUUCCUUCUGAAAUCCUGACUUCUCAUCACAAAUAUUUCAGGGCUUUUAAAGUUCGUUGCACAAUAAUGUAACAUCCAGGACGCAUCACUAAUGAAGUGGAAUUAAUCCACUAUUGUGUCAAUCUUGUUUAAUAAUACAUCUGCAAAAUCCGCAUAGGCGGAUGUGUAUUUUAGUGUAACCUGUUCUGAUUGAUUUGGCAAUGCAGGCAAGAAUAAUUUUCAAUACAUUAUACUGUAUAGGGUUUCACCUGAGUCUUCGGAACAAAGCACCUUCGACUGUCUUGUAUUUGAAUCAAACACUGAAGAUGAAAGUGAGGAAAUAAUAAGAAGAAUUGGUAAGGAUAUUUGUUCUUUGGUGUACAACUAAAAAGUAGCAAGGCCUCUAUAGCCUGUUAAUGAAGCAUACUUAGUGUACUUGCAAGCUAGUAAUUCCAAGACUUAGAAAGCUAAUAAGAUUAGGCUUCGCAGUAAUUGUAUAUCUGCGUUUCUAAUUAUGUUCAAGGACUUGGGUUUAGUAUGAAAUACAGUAGGAAGUCUUCUGUUUGAUCUAUGAGGAUUUCCAGGUCAGUAUCCCAACCACCUAAUAUCUAGCAUGCUAGUGGUUAGGAGACAAAUUCUGUUCUUUCAAAACCAUGGCUAGAGCAGCAAGUACUGCCAACUUCAGGAAUAUUAUUUUAAGAUUAAUGACCAUUUGUUUCUUUAGCUGCUGGAUUUAAACACACAGAAUGGUUUGUCUGAUUGAGAUGCAUGAUGCUCUGCUUCUGGGUUUCUGCCAAUGACCUACUUUUGGAGCUGAACUGGCAUGCAAAAGGGCCUAGUUUCAGUCAGUGAUACGCUGCC